ACGUCGUCAGCACGACAGGGAAGUGAAUUGAACACGUGGUUUACGGUUUUCCACGCUUCUCCACAUUGACCAUCGUUUCAGACAGCUUUGACCAGUCUCAUAGCUGAAAAAUGGCAGUUCGUGCGGCAUUUGAAAAGAAUAAUGAGAUUGGAUGCUUCGCCAAGCUCACAAACACAUAUUGCUUGGUAGCGAUUGGCGGUUCAGAAAACUUUUACAGUGUCUUUGAAGGUGAGCUGUCAGAAACAAUACCUGUUGUUCAUGCUUCUAUAGCAGGAUGUCGAAUCAUUGGCAGAAUGUGUGUGGGAAAUCGUCACGGUCUCUUGGUGCCCAACAACACGACAGAUCAAGAGUUACAGCACAUUAGGAACUGCCUGCCAGAUUCGGUGCGGAUUCAGAGAGUAGAAGAGCGUCUUUCUGCGCUGGGGAACGUCAUCGCUUGUAACGACUACGUUGCUCUCGUUCAUCCUGACCUAGACAGAGAAACAGAAGAGAUUCUUGCAGACACUCUAAAGGUGGAAGUGUUCCGGCAGACGAUUGCAGAGCAGGUGCUUGUGGGUAGUUACUGCACCUUCAGUAACCAGGGAGGCCUCGUCCACCCCAAAACCUCCAUAGAAGAUCAAGAUGAACUCUCGUCACUCCUGCAAGUGCCUUUAGUGGCUGGAACGGUCAAUCGUGGUAGUGAGGUGAUCGCUGCUGGUAUGGUGGUGAACGACUGGUGUGCUUUCUGUGGACUGGACACCACGAGCACGGAGCUGUCCGUCAUCGAGAGCGUCUUCAGAUUGAGUGAAACACAGCCCAGCGCCAUCGCAACUACUAUGAGAGACUCGCUCAUCGACAGUCUCACAUAAAACUGAAGCGGCUUUGGAUAUUUGCGGGAAGAUGCCUGAGUGGACCUGGAAGUCGAUAUUA